CAAAACAGUUACAGAGUGUUAGAGAAGAGACUAGCAGAGAACAUAAUGGCUGUAAAUGACCGAUGUCGUCUUUGCAAGGAAAAUCUCAGGAUAAAAGGUGUCAUUACAAACAGCAGGAUUUUCCAGAAGGACACUAAUGCAAAAUCAAUCGAGGAACGGCUGGCAGAAAUCGGGUUGACAUUAGCAAAUGUCCAGGAGCGUUCGUUUCGAAUUUGUCAGAAGUGUUUUCGCUUCAUUGCUAGGCUAGAAGAGAGUUUGAGUACUUUCAGAGAAUGGCAAGACGCAGAAAAAGAACCGAAUCACCCUAGGCCUAUCCAGUUUAACAUCAGCCACGACGACCGCGAGUGCAGCAGACACCACCACCACCACGGCCUCGGCCUAGGCAAUCGCAAGCAAACGGGACAGAGCCCGAACCCCAUCGGAGCAACCACCGACCCCUACGGCCCCCCAGCUCCGAAAUUACCGAGGCCAGCAGCCACUGACAACACCCCAGCUCGACAAAGCGUUACAGAGGUGGUUGUCUAUUACCCCACCAGAAGUAAAGGUGAAAGGAUGGUGUGUCCAGAUGGCACAGCGGUAGUAGUGGAGGCCCUGGCAAGAAAAAACUGGAACUGGGCAGCCAAACAGAUAACGAAACACCAAGAGCUGUUUGGACCACUCACAGAACACAUUCAAAACAUUCUGGAGGAAGAGUGCAAGAAGAUAUGCAGCCCUUUCACCCAUUUCAUGCUGGCCAAUACAUUGGCUGACAGUUUUAAGGCAUUUUCAUUUCAGAAAUUGCAAGCAGAUUUUUUUUUUGUGAUACCUCAGCAUACUAAGAUGGAUAUGUGUACCAUGAUGUGCAUAAUGCAGAAGUCACUUGCCCUACAACCAAGGACACUUCCAGGGCCCAAACACCUUACACUGAGACACAGCUAGAGACUGUUGAUGGCCCAUUGGUUAUGUACCUGUGAAUUUAACAGGCUCCCUCUUGAUGUCUGUUCAGCUGAGUGGAAACAGAUUUUAAAGGGAUUGUAUGGUGAAUGUAUAUUCUAUUCAUGCCAUUCAAUAGUUUUUAUAGUUUUGUUAAUAUUUAUUAUGUUUCUCUGUGCACAUUAUUUAUGUCUUAUCAUUGUACAGUUAAUACAACACCCAGAUUGGCACAAUAACACUUUUAUUUACAUAUGUCACAAUAAAAAAUAUUUACAUUUUCUCCAAAGACUUUUGUACAUCAUUAUUUCCAUUCUUGUAUUUACAUUGCUACAACAGCAUGUGAUAACAUUUUGCUAGUUGGACCCAGAACUACUGCUGUGUUGCGUCUCAGUUUCAGACUCAUCAUCAGACUCAUCAAAAUAGCCAGUGAAAUCAAUGUCUGGCACUAAGAAAGUGUCAUCAGGGAGAGUUUGCUCUGUUUACUCAAAGUCAUCAAACACCUCACUUAUUAUAAGUAGAAUUUCCUGAGCAUGCCGUAGCCUACACACUGGUAAGUUGUUUGUUAUAUAAGUGAUAUCAAAGAUGUAAGGACUAUGGUUGACUGCUGCUUCUAUUAGCUUUGUUCCAAACCCGGUGCAGAAAGCCUUGCUUGUGACAAGUGGCAUGUUUGGUACUAAUGUACGCCUGUACUGCUGCAAGCAGGCCCUGAUAACAUUCUUGUCCUCUUCUGUCACAUCUCUAGAUCUUUGUGGGGUAGUAGUGCACACCUGUGUUUGCACAGACUCAAAUUUUGGCACAGGCUCAGAACAAACACCAGAUGAACACAAACAAAUGGAAUGGCAAUAGGUGCAACAACUAUGACCAGGCUCCAAAUUUGUGACAUGCAUGUCGAAGUGGCUAAAUAAGGCUCUCCUUAAACAGCCUUGUGUGCCUGCCUUAAUCACUUCUCUCACUGUCUUGUCAACCCUAGGUGAUCCUUUGAUUGCAUACAAGACUGCAUGUGAGGGUAGAGGGUAUUACUAGAUACAUGUUUCAGGCCAAGCCUGAUGUUAUGUCUAUUUGGGCUCACUGUCACCCGGGUUGCAUUGUGCAUGUGUAGCAGCUUGAUGACCCUCUCUCUGUUGACAACUUCUGCUGAAGCC